UUGCUGCAUUUUUGCUAGUUUUAAAUCGAAUUUAAACUAAAUACAGAUCAAUAUUAUCACGGAGAGAAUGCCAGCCAAAAGAAGAACUGCAAAUGCGGCGUCAACCAGCAAAAACGGCGAUUCCCCAUUAAGUCCGCGGGCAGACGAUCCAGCGUACCAAGAAAAAAGAAAGAAAAACAAUGAGGCUGUACAGCGCACUCGUGAGAAGACCAAGAAAUCGGCCGAGGAACGGAAAAAACGCAUCGACGAUUUACGAAAGGAGAACGCCGCUUUAAAAGUGAAGAUAGAGCAGGGCGAAAAACAUAUAUCCACUCUGAGGGAUCUGAUAAUUCAGGGCGAGAAAACUGAGGACGGACACCGCAUUAUCCAAGAGAUACUCGCUGGCCCGGAUCCAGAUGACAAUGACUAACGAGGAGCUGCUCUUGAUUUACUUUAUAAUAUUUACCUACUUUUAAGCUGGAUUAACAAAAAUCUAACCAUGUUAGUUUUAACUAUUUAACGAAAUCGGUGCAAUCACUCGAAUUCUAUCACCAUAAGUGUUUUACCUACUUAUGACUAAAAUUCCCAUCCAUUAUUUUCAGUUUUGUCACAAAGUGUUAGUUAUCAAAAUGACAAAUGCAAACUUGAAAUUAAUUGAAACUCACAAGAAAAAAAAAAUGUUAAAAUCUUAAAAAUUACAAUAAAUAAAGAACUAACCUAUUUUUAUAAAUGUAUUUGAUAUCUGUAUUAAUUUUGAUGUAUGUACCAGAACAAAUUAUAGUUUAUUUUACUUCUUUCUUCAUGUAUUACAUUUAAACAAAAUUUCUUAUGAUUUUGUCUUAUUGUGUUAUGGAAUCACUAUAUUUAGUAAACAUUUUCGUAUUUUUGACAUGAA